AUGUCUUUACACGAGGAUGAUCCAUUGGGGCCACCCAAGAACACCCAGAAUUUGGACUUGUCCAAAUUGUCACCUCAAGAAUUGAGAAUUUAUAAGAUGUAUGGGAAGUUACCCACCACCCAACAAAUCUUGACCUCCAAGUUCCAAGAUAAGAAGUACUUUGACAGCGGGGACUAUGCCAUGCAGAAACAGAUGGGAGGCGGCAGAACUGCCCUUGCUGGUGGUGUGCCAUUGGGCCACCCUAAUGCUGAGAAGGUCAAGGAGAUUUAUAACAGAAACUCGAUAAGUGGUAGUAACUCCGGAAUCUUGUACAAUGGAAAGUCUGGUUUAUUGAAUGAGUCUACGCCACAAGGUGCUGGCACUGAGGAGGAAGAAUCAUAA